ACGAAGGGGGGGGUGCUGAUUCAGCCCCCUUUUGUGAUCUCGGCUGUCAAUUGCGCGAUUGCAACAAAAAUUUGCCCUCGUAUUAAUCAUGGCAUAAUUUACAAUACUGUAAGGUCACAUUCUGUGAAAAAUCUCAUUGCUAAUUAUGCCAAUUCUAAUUUAUGCCUUUAAUUUAAAGUGCAUUUUUGCUUUACACACGUAUUUUCUUGCUUUCUGAAUUUCUUAUGUAUUUGUUUUUUAUUUUUUUCACUUUUUUAUGGACAUUGUCAGGGAUUUUAUUUUGACCAUAAACAAGAUGAUUUUGGCUAUAACCACCUAUUACAUUUGAUUUAAUUCAUGUUUUUAAGGAAUUUUUUGCCUGCAUGCACUUACCAAAUGUUGGAUAAUUUUGGAACUGCAUACCAGGGAAUUGCAGUUUUCGUCUCAUAAGUUGCACUCGACUUGAAAGCAUAAAGACAAUGAGCGACGCAGUCAAAAGUUUUGUAUGGUGGAUUUAUUGCCAAAAAAUUUCUAGGGGGCUGAAAUAGCGCCCCCCCAGUUUUUUUAGAGUAAAAUCCAUGUUUUUUUUCUCAUAGACCACAGCUAUCAAUAUCAUCAUCAUAUCAAAGCAGGACAAAGGAGCAGACGAUACUGGAGGGUCAGAAGAUGUACCCAGCAAGAAGGUGAAGCAUGUAGGAGGAAAUAGAUGUGUGCUUUAUGGAUGCAGUAACACUAUGUACGAUGGCUUUGCUAUCCAUGAAAUGCCAAAACAGGGAUCCAUCAGACGAGUAUGGGUCAAUUUUAUCCAGCUGAGGCUGAAAGGAUUCCAUGCGAACAAAAGGGUCCAUGUACAUGUCUGCAGUGGGCACUUUGAGAGGGAACAGUAUGACCAGUCGCAAGUCAUGCAAUAUAAGUACGGUUAUAGAAAGCUUCCGCCACGUCUUAUCCCAAAUGCUGUCCCCAGACUACACCAAGCUGUUCAGUCAUUCCCUGAUGACUGGUUCGUCAAGGACAAAGGAGCAGACGAUACUGGAGGGUCAGAAGAUGUACCCAGCAAGAAGGUGAAGCAUGUAGGAGGAAAUAGAUGUGUGCUUUAUGGAUGCAGUAACACUAUGUACGAUGGCUUUGCUAUCCAUGAAAUGCCAAAACAGGGAUCCAUCAAACGAGUAUGGGUCAAUUUUAUCCAGCUGAGGCUGAAAGGAUUCCAUGCAAACAAAAGGGUCCAUGUACAUGUCUGCAGUGGGCACUUUGAGAGGGAACAGUAUGACCAGUCGCAAGUCAUGCAAUAUAAGUACGGUUAUAGAAAGCUUCCGCCACGUCUUAUCCCAAAUGCUGUCCCCAGACUACACCAAGCUGUUCAGUCAUUCCCUGAUGACUGGUUCGUCAAGGACAAAGGAGCAGACGAUACUGGAGGGUCAGAAGAUGUACCCAGCAAGAAGGUGAAGCAUGUAGGAGGAAAUAGAUGUGUGCUUUAUGGAUGCAGUAACACUAUGUACGAUGGCUUUGCUAUCCAUGAAAUGCCAAAACAGGGAUCCAUCAAACGAGUAUGGGUCAAUUUUAUCCAGCUGAGGCUGAAAGGAUUCCAUGCGAACAAAAGGGUCCAUGUACAUGUCUGCAGUGGGCACUUUGAGAGGGAACAGUAUGACCAGUCGCAAGUCAUGCAAUAUAAGUACGGUUAUAGAAAGCUUCCGCCACGUCUUAUCCCAAAUGCUGUCCCCAGACUACACCAAGCUGUUCAGUCAUUCCCUGAUGACUGGUUCGUCAAGAAGUCCCUUCCUCCAGCAGAAUCAACACCAACAACAUUGACUCUAAUAGUGGCAUCAUGCAGAAGUUCUGAUACCAAAACAGUGCAUUCUACCAAAAUGACAGUUGCGUUCCUACGCAGCAAGAAGGCAAGUACGAGCACGGAACAUGAAGUCAAAGACCCUCAGCCGAUCAUGUUAGCUGAUGCGAGUACUUGCAUGUCUCCUAUGCUGCCCAGUUCUGGAGGAAGCAAGCGGCGAAUAUCUCUGUUCAGUCAGAAGUCAGAAGAAGGUAUGUUUAACACAAAUCAUUUAUGCCUUUUAGCCGUUUUGAAUAAUGCGUCAGACUAAAAACAUAUGGCCUGC